ACCCGCAGCUUCCGUGUGCCGCACUCUGCAGCUGCUGCUGUGGGCUCCACACGGACGAGCCUCGUUUCACUGAGCAGGGCUUUGAUCCAGAGGUUUUGUUCCGAUUAAAGCACAACUUUUCUGCAGUAGACACGAAGUGCUCAUGAUGAACACUCUGAACCAGCAGUAUGAGGAGAAGGUGCGUCCCUGCAUUGACCUCAUUGACUCUCUUCGCUCUCUGGGUGUAGAGAAGGACUUGGCGCUGCCUGCUAUCGCCGUGAUUGGCGACCAAAGCUCGGGGAAGAGCUCUGUGUUGGAGGCGCUGUCGGGGGUGGCCCUGCCAAGAGGAAGCGGCAUUGUGACAAGAUGUCCUCUCGAACUGAAGAUGAAGAGAAAGAAAGAAGGAGAGGAGUGGUCCGGAAAGUUAAGCUACAAGGACCACGAGGAAGAGAUGAAAGACCCUGCAGUUGUGGAGGAAAAGAUUAGAGAAGCUCAGGAUGAAAUGGCCGGGGUCGGGGCGGGGAUCAGUGAUGACCUCAUCACUCUGGAGAUCGCCUCCCCUGACGUUCCAGACCUGACGCUCAUUGACCUGCCCGGCAUCACCAGGGUGGCGGUGAAGGGGCAGCCAGAGAACAUUGGAGAACAGAUAAAGCGACUGAUCCAGAGGUUCAUCACAAAACAAGAAACCAUCAGCUUGGUGGUUGUUCCAUGCAACGUGGACAUAGCAACCACAGAGGCUUUGAAGAUGGCCCAGGAGGUGGAUCCAGAUGGAGAGAGGAGUUUGGGUAUCUUGACCAAGCCUGAUCUGGUGGACAAAGGCGCAGAAGACACAGUGGUUGACAUCGUCCAUAAUGAGGUCAUCCACCUGAAGAAGGGCUACAUGAUCGUCAGGUGCAGAGGUCAGAAGGAGAUCACAGAGAAGGUGUCUCUUACUGAAGCAACAGAAAAGGAGAAAGCCUUCUUCAGAGAUCACGGGCAUUUCCAGAUUCUCUAUAAUGAAGGCCACGCCACGGUUCCUAAACUGGCUGAGAAACUCACCCUUGAGCUGGUGCAUCAUAUCCAGAAAUCUCUGCCUCGACUGGAAGAGCAGAUAGAGAAGAAACUAAUACAGACUCAGGCAGAGCUGGACGGAUAUGGCAACGGACCCCCAUCUGACGCAGCUGAGUGACUCGGUUUCCUCCUCGAUAGAGUGACAGCGUUUACACAGGAUGCUAUCAGCCUCACCACAGGGGAGGACCUCAAAUAUGGAAACAAGCUCAAUAUCUUUUCCUUACUCAGAAAAGAGUUUAUGGUAUGGAAAGAGAUCAUAGACCGCUCUGGGGUAACAUUCAACUGGAACAUUGAGAGAGGGGUGGCUCAGUACGAACGGACGUACCGUGGGAGAGAGCUGCCAGGCUUCAUCAACUACAAGACAUUUGAGGGCAUGGUGAAGGAGCAGAUCAAACAGCUGGAAGAGCCUGCCGUCCUGAAACUCAAGGAAGUGGCAGAAAUUGUGAAGAAAGAGCUGUUUAAGGUGGCACAGAGCAGCUUUGUUGGAUUUCCUCACCUCAUCAGAACAACCAAGAUGAAGAUUGAAGCCAUCAAAAAGCAGAAGGAGACUGUAGCAGAGUCCAUGCUGAGGACUCAGUUUAAGAUGGAGUCGAUAGUUUACACUCAGGACAGCACAUACAGCAAGAAGUUAGGGAAGAGGAAGAGGGAAGAUGAAAAGGACCGUGUGCCUGCCUUCACUGUGAGCAGUAAUGACACUGGGGCCACCCUGAAAGAGAUGAUCAAGCACCUGAAAUCUUACUACCAAAUUGCCGGCCAGCGUCUGGCUGACCAGAUCCCCCUGGUGAUCCGCUACCAGAUGCUGCAGGAGUCUGUCGUCCAGCUGCAGAGGGAGAUGCUGCAGAUGCUUCAGGACAAGGAGAAGACCGAUUUCCUCCUUCAAGAGGACUCUGGCAUUAAAAGCAAGAGAAUCCACCUUCAGAACCGCCUCAAGCGCCUGUCAAAAGCACGUAUUCUGCUGACCGACUUCAGUAUGAACAUAUACAACUUCAACACGACUGCAGAGCAAGAUAUAUUUGUAGAAUAGUUACUUCUCUUUACUCUUGUUACAUUAUAUUUCAUAUCCAUGUCUGAUUAUAGUUGAGAUUUCAGUCAUUCUCUUAAGUUUCAUAAAGUAUUUCCAAACUUUUAUUCUAUGUCCCAAAAAAAUAAAGUUGUUUUUUUUUUAAGUAGUUGAAUUUUAGAUUUGGUCAUUUUGAAUGGAAACAUGCAUGAAACCAUAAAGGCAUCCUCUAAAUCAGUCUAUAGUGUCACUGUUGGCCAUUAUGCUAAGAGGGUUAAACAGUAGGGAGGUGUGUCUAGUCUUGUUGCGGCCUUUUGAAGCACUUUCCCCUCAAGAACUUUACGUGGCAUUCAUAUAAUAUUGGGUAACAAUCCAAAAUAUUAUUCCUUGUGUGUAUAGUGUGAAGGAAGCAAGUUAGCAAAUAAAUAUAAAUAAGGUGAAACUGGCUGAUGAGUUCAGUGCGAAUGAUGGUGGCAGUUUGGAACACAGAGAGGUCAUAAUUUCGACUUCAUUCGUUUUCACACAUUGCUAACGUUGAGGUGCUAUUGUUGGUUAGAAAUGUCUAGAAAAAUCCUGAAGAUGAAGUAAUAUUUGCACAGCAUCACUUGAACGUUCAACUGUCUGUUCUUACAGAUAGCGUCAUGCAUUUCCAAGCAAGGACCCAAAAGCCAGAGCCAAGACAGAGUCAGGGAGGUUUACGACGAGCAACGUCUUUUAACUCAAAUAGUGGUAGUGAAAUGUGCAACAGAAGAAUCACACAAUCCAACAGUAGCUUAAGGUGAGAACCGGCAGGCAGGAGAGGCGUCCAGACUUUGUACUCACAACCGAUGAAUUCACGCCGAGGUCCACUCCAGAGCAGGACAGAGAGCAGAAAGCCAGAAAGUCACAAAGCGUCAGGCAGGCAGGUAGCAGGCAGCUGAAGAAGCAUAAGCAAACACUCUUUUCUUCCUCUAACUUGAAGUUAUUCUGCACACCUUAUUGGAUCUCUCACCAGAAACUUGGAAAAUUAUGCUGUUAGAGUUGAUGCUUGUGUUCCCUUGGGAGCUCUGGAAGCCUCCAUUGUUGGACCAGCAUUUAUAAAAAUUGAUGAGUCGGUGGGCUGCCACAGUGGCUUCUGGUGAAGACCCAUAUGCACUGUUUUACCAGUGCAAUGCCACAAGUGUCAUAUAAAUGAUAUUUGAAAAAGGAAAAGCUCAGAGAAAGUGGAAAUUUGUCCUUUCAAAUGCCUGAUUAAAAUUUAAAUUCAAUUUGUGUAUUCAGUUAUUUAUUUCUCUGUAUGUGCGUGUGUGUGUUCUGUUUUUGACCUCUAUUUUAUUUUUUAUUCUGCUGCUGUAACAAGUGAAGUUCCCAGCGUGGUGUAAAUAAAGUCUUAUCUUAAAC